AUGUCAUCGGAUAAAAUGAACAGAGGACGUAGAUCAAGCAUCAAUAGACAUGUGCAAUGGGCGCAUGUACACGGAAGUUCCAGUCUGGCAAAGAGAGAUAUAAACAAUUCAUCUUAUCCAGAAUAUAAAUCACGAAGUGAUUUUGGUCAACAGCCAAGACGUUACUAUCUCGGCAAUACAACACAACAACAUAUCUUGGUUGUUGGAGUGAAUUCAAUCGGCACUGAUGAUUCGUAUUCAUUUGGAAAUCGGACACCGACACCACUUGUUCGAACUGAUGCCAGUUUAAUGUCCAAGACCACAGAACAACAACGUCGUCCAUGGUUUAUUUGGAUUAUAUCUAUUAUAGAAAUAUGUGUCUUCAUUGGAGAACUAAUCUAUAAUUGGGUAUUAAUUGGUCGUCCAAUUGAAACAGAUCUUUCUAAGAAUCCUUUAUUUGGUCCAAAUGCAUUUCUUUUAAUAAAUAUGGGUGCAAGUUUUUCUCCUUGCAUGCAUGCCAUUGAUGGCAUUACCAAUAAUGUUGGUUCAACUAAAUUUCCUUGUCCCAGUAGUUCACCAUUAGGAGGAACCGGUUGCACUCUUAGUGAAUUGUGUGGUUUGGGUGGUGUUUCGAGUACGCCUAAUCAAUGGUAUCGUUUUAUUAUACCGAUAUUUUUACACGUUGGCAUCGUUCAUAUUGCUUUAAAUUUAAUUGGUCAACUUUUGAUCGCGGCAGAGGUAGAAAAAAAAAUUGGUGCAAUUCGGAUAGCCAUUAUUUAUUUUGCAUCGGGUAUAUUUGGUUUUAUACUUGGAAGUAAUUUUGCACCCAAUGGGCUUGCUAGAGUCGGAUGUAGUGGUUCAUUAUUUGGAACUAUUGCAAUAUCACUUCUCAAUUUACUUUAUCAUUGGAAGAAAAUAGCAAAUCCAAAAAUUCAACUUAUUGUUCACUUAAUCGAUAUUAUUAUGAGUUUUGCAUUAGGAUUGUUGCCUGGUGUCGAUAAUUUCAGUCAUGUGGGUGGCUUCAUAAUGGGAUUACUAUUUGGCUUGGCAAUAUUGAGCUCGCCUACAAAUUUCGGGCGAGCCCUAAAACCGAAGAGAUCUAAACGUGCUAAGAACGAAUGGAAUAACUUACGAAGUUAUGAAAAAUUCUUUCGUAAUCGACCGAGAGGUUGGUGGAUGUGGUGGUUAGUAAGAUUCAUUGCAGUCGGUAUGGUAAUUGCCAUAUUCGUAACUUUUACAGAAAGUUUUUACACAGGAAGAAUACAAUGUUCCUGGUGCAAAUAUAUCAGUUGUUUACCUGUCAAUGGAUGGUGUGAUGUGGGCAUGCUUAAUACCAAUAGUAGUACUUGA